AUGAAAUCAGUAAUCGAACAAAUGUCUUUAAAACGGAAUAUCAAAAAAACGCAAAUGGAGACCGGAAGAAGGCAUAAAAUUUUAAAAUCACCUGUGGUGGUCUCAGUAAGAUUAAUUUUCGUGUUAUGUUGUCGUGUCAUAGAAAUUAGCAAGCAUUUGCUGAAAACUCAUCUUGGUUUACAAAACUUAAAAGUGGACAAAUAA